AUGAAUCACUUCAACAAUCAGCAAGAGGUCCCUGUAUCAUCUGCACCACAGGUUCAGGCCUAUUCUUCAGCUCCAUAUGUCAGCAGUACCCCACCACCUAUGGGCUAUCCUUCCAAGGAUGAUCCUGCAGCAGUAGGGUACCCCCAACAAAGGGUUCCAGAGGAAACCACAAGCAGGGGUGAUGGAUUUUGGAAAGGAUGUUGUGCUGCUUUAUGUUGCUGCUGCGCCCUGGAUUGUUGCUUCUGA